GUGAACUUGAAAAGGGAGAAACGGGUCUUUCGUUAUAUGUAAAGGAGUGGGCUUUGCAAUUAUCGAACUAACAACUUUCGUUUCUUCUUGAAUGAAUGUAAUCCUGCUUUUGACUUCUUCGACUUGCACACUAUAUGCAGUGCUGGAGUGGCCAGGAGACGUUUCACCAAGUGUGUUGAAGUCCUCUACUGGUUUAGACGUCUCUAAACUUUCUCCAAAAAAGUGGGGUUCUUCUGGAACCUCGAGCACUGCACUGGUUGCUCUUCUGGGUGGAGUCUCUUAUCUGCUUUCUCAAGGGAUUGAUAUCAGGCCUAACCUUGCUGCCAUACUAGGCCUAGCCCUUUUAGACUCUAUUUUCCUUGGGGGUACAUUUUUAGCUUUAAUUUCAAAUUACUGGCCUCCGUAUAGUCGUUGGAUGCUAGUUUAUGAAGCAGGCCACCUCCUUGUUGGUAUGUAAUACUCGCAUUGUUCACUUUAAUGUUAUCAUGGUUUUCGUAGUACAAAAUCUGAAAUAUGAAUCCCUGCAUUUGGACACUUUUUGCAUGGUCACUUCUGCAAGUUUAGCAGUGGCCAAAAGGCUGAUGUUCUCUUUAGUGUCUUCUGGUUCUUUGACAAUGAUCUUGACAUAUAACAUUGGGUUACAAGCAUAACUAAUUUUCUUUUGCUAAUUCAUUUGCAGCGUACCUUAUGGGUUGCGCAAUUCAUGGAGUUUAGAUCCAAUUGCUGCAACGCAAAUGGGCAUCCAAGGGCAGGCUGGAACUCAGUUUUGGGAUGAGAAAAUGAGUAAUGAGCUGGCUCAAUGACGGUUGAUUGGCUCUGCCUUUGACAGAUUGGUAUAACGAGGUGGUGUCUGAUGUUUGAUGCUGCCUAAAAAGUUAAAUAUUCUUUCCGUAGGUUGUUAUUACUCAUGUCUCUGACAAUCAGUUUUUGGAAAUACUGGCUACAAACUCUAAGAAAAUUUACUGACGUACUGCAUGGUGCUUUUUGCUGGUAUCACAGCUGAAGCUCUGGUUUAUGGUGCGGCUGAAGGUGGAGAGAAUGACGAAAACAUGUUUUGCAGCAUCCAUGUCCUUCUGCAGCACCAUUCUCCGUAGCUCAGAUGUCAAAUCAAGCAAGGUGGUCUGUUCUACAGUCUUUCAACCUGCUUAAAUGGCACAGGCAUGCUCGUCAAGUUGCUGUCACAGCUUUGGAAAGUGGUGGUAGUCUUAGCAUUGUAAUUAGGAGAAUUGAGGAAGCCGUGUCUUCUGGCAGAUGAUGUGCAGAAGGACAUAAACAUGCUGGUUUCUGUGGUCCAAUGGUGCUCAAGAGGUAAAUGUUAUCUUCGCACUCAUAGGAAGGCUUAAAUAACUGGAAUUUCUCCAUUGUCUCUGCUUGUAUGGCCGAACAUGGUGAACUGAGGGCACAGAAGUUUUGAAGCAUUACUCCAAUUAUCAUUCUUUACUCUAUUUCUGUACUAAAUACAAUUGCAUCUGUCAUCAAUUCUCAGAAAGAUUUUCCUCAAGUGAUAGGUUUCCAAGAUAAAUCCUAACAGGCUAUGUACAGUGGGUGGAGGGCACAAGAAGGAAGUAACAAAUUUUGAUAUUCAGCUGAUCAUUUUUGACACAAGUAGUCUAAGGAUAUCUUUCCUGUUGUUAUCUUUGCUGCAUUUAGACUGCAAAUGUGAAAGAAGGUUCUCAGGUGCUCAUCUUUUUGUAAACAUUUUAAGAUCCAAAUGCUAUUUUUUCCACCACUGUUUUGGUUGGAAGAAUGUUAGGUUUUGAGCCAUGGCCUCUUGAUUGUACCCUUAAUUAAUUUGAUUUUGGUUUGUACCCUUAAUUAAUUUGAUUUUGGUAUAAGCUUUUGUACCAAUCAUGCUGCCUCCGUAUUCUCUUGGAACAAAAGGCUACAACAUUU